UCGACCUGCGCGCAGCCCCCCUCGCCGACGCUACCUAACCCUAGGAACAUCCACCGCCGACGCCAUGGCCAGCGGCAACUUGUACAUCUCCGUGAUCGACGACGUCGUCGCCAAGGUUCGUAAGGACUUCGACACCGACGGCGUUGGCGAUGCCGUCCUCAACGAGCUCCAGGCUCUCUGGGAGACGAAGUUGAUGCACUGUGGCGCAAUCUCAGGGAACAUCGACCGCAACAGGGCUCCCCCCGCCGGAGCGUCCGCUGGCGGCGCGACUCCACCGGUGCACGACCUCAACGUGCCCUACGAGGCCACGUCCGAGGAGUACACCACCCCAACCGCCGACAUGCUCUUCCCACCGACGCCGCAGCAGACCCCGAUCCAGACGCCACUUCCAGCUGGGAUUGAUACGGGGCGGUGGGACUAUGCCCCAUCGCCGAUCGGUGACAUGAGAAACGGGAUGGGGAUGAUGAAUGGGGCUGAUCCGGAAACUGGCCGCCCGAGCCCUUUCAUGCAACCCCCAUCGCCCUGGAUGAAUCAGAGACCACUGGGGCUUGAUGUGAACCUUGCUUUUGCUCAUGAUGAGGAGAUCCGGAUGAUGAUGCAACCCCAGCCACUGACGACUAAGGAUUUUCUCAUGAUGUCUUCUGGAAAACGGAAGAGGGAUGAAUAUCCUUCAGCUGCUUCAUUUGUGCCACAACAGGAUGGAUGUGCAGACCAGGUUGCGGGUGGUGUUGAUGAUGAUGAACCUCCUCUCAAUGAAGAUGACGACGACGACGAUGACGACAUUGAUGAUGACUUUGAUGACACGCAGCACCUUGUCCUUGCACAGUUUGACAAAAUAACAAGGACAAAGAAUCGCUGGAGGUGCACUUUGAAGGGUGGAAUCAUGCAUCUGAACGGCAGAGAUGUUCUAUUCAACAAGGCUUCAGGAGAGUUUGAGUUUUGAAUUUCAUUCAUGGCAAAGAUGAUGUUUUAGGUGCCUGUUGUAUGUACUGUCUUUAACACAAGGAUAAGGAAGGGAAGGUGACAAGAGUACUGGAGUUGUGGCGAGUUUGGCACUAUGAACGUGUGUCCUGUUUUCCUGUUGAUUGAGGCUUGCUUCACCCACCAGUUGGUUUGUUGACCAUAACUCAUGUCACUGUAAAAAUGCUACAGUUGGUACGAUUGUGGACAUUUUCUUGAGAUGGUCACUUAAACUGGUGGGACGAUGUUAUCUCAUAAAAAUCAUCAAGAAAAAAGUAGUGGCUGCAGAGUUGUACAGAGAAAAGGGAAAAGGAGAAGGGUUAAGUCGAAUUUUUGUCCUAUGAUGUGCUGUCAUGUGUCUUGAUUUGAUUUUGUCCUACGAAUCUGAGAGCUGAAUGACCAAUGAUAGACAGAAAAAUGACUGAAAACCUUACAAGAACUGAGCACUGAAAAACCUGAAGAUAGAUAGAGAAGAGGACUGAAUAAACGAGACUCAAAGGUGGUUGAAAAACAUUUACUAAAGACUGGAGAAAGAUGACUUGAAAGGAAAUAAAAGGAGAAGGAAAGAGUCAAGAACGACACCCCGGAAUAAACUACCAGAGUGAGAUCAAUAGUGUGCAACUAUUGCCCAAAGCUGAAGUGACAACUACCACUGAAACAACUGACAUGACUGAAGAAACUGAUGACUGAAGAAAGAUAACUGAAAUAAUCCUGAAAACUGGGGAAAAAAUCAAGUUCCGUUGGUGAAAAUAUAAAUGACAAAGGAACAAAAUGAAAAAUAAUGAAAAUUACUGAAACCUAAAACUGAACAAACAAAAGGAAAAAGGAAAAGAAAAAGAGACACCAAAGAGAAGAAAAUCAUGAUCACUACUUCGUCACUUGACGCGGUGCUCUCCUCAUAGCUCUCUCUUUCGACAGACCGUCAUCAGGAUCGUAGUUGGGCUCGUAACAAUUGCUAAAUGACAUGUGCCCCAUAGGAUCCACAACCCUCCUGCUGAAAAAAGAAGGCAUCAUUGCAGUGCAUUGUUGUAUUUUCGCAUAUGUGGUUAGCUAAAAACUGAAAGGAAAAAUAUUACUAAUCCCGA